GCGAGGGCAGCGAGGGCUCGACUCUUAUCCCCCCCUCGGUCCCCCCCCUCCGCCCGACGCCCCAGCCGCUCGCCGCGCGGCUGCUCCGGCGGCUUUUCAUCUCCGGGGGUAGGAGGGAGAUGCCUUUGCCGUGGUUUUUCCACCCCCAGCCCUCUCCGUGCCGGGGGGGGCGGUGAUGUGGAGCCGGGAAUGUAGAGGAAAACCCUCCCCGGGAAGGAGCGACCAAAACAAAUCUCUCGCCGUGGCUUUGGCGGCCGCGCAGUGCCCGGGGAAGCCCGAGCAGCCCCUGCCAGCGCCGGGGAAUCCCUCCUGCAGCCCCCGGCGGCGCCCCGGGCGCCCGAGGAGCAAGCUUCAGGAAUGGAGCUGUCUGUCUGAAGAGGACUCUGCCCAAACAUUUGUAGUCUCCAAGCUCAUUCUCCUACAGACUCUGGUAUUACAACUUCAUCUUUUGCAGAAUGGCUGAGAAGGCUCCACCAGGGAUCACCAAAAAGUCGUCAAGGUCCACCCUUUCUCUCCCUCCGGAACCAGUGGAGAUCAUCAGGAGCAAAGCCUGCUCACGRAGAGUUAAAAUAAAUGUCGGUGGACUCAACCAUGAAGUGCUGUGGAGGACUUUGGACAGACUUCCAAGGACACGAUUAGGGAAGCUCAGAGACUGCAAUACCCAUGAAUCUCUGCUAGAAGUAUGUGAUGACUACAAUCUAAAUGAAAAUGAGUAUUUUUUUGAUCGACACCCAGGGGCUUUCACUUCCAUUUUGAAUUUCUACAGGACAGGGAAACUACAUAUGAUGGAAGAAAUGUGUGCUCUCUCUUUUGGUCAGGAGCUCGAUUACUGGGGGAUUGAUGAAAUAUAUCUAGAAUCUUGCUGCCAGGCAAGAUACCAUCAAAAGAAGGAGCAGAUGAACGAGGAACUGAGGAGAGAGGCAGAGACAUUGCGAGAGAGAGAAGGGGAAGAGUUUGAUAAUACCUGCUGCCCAGARAAAAGGAAGAAGCUUUGGGACUUGCUGGAGAAACCCAACUCAUCUGUUGCAGCAAAGAUUUUGGCCAUUGUGUCCAUUCUGUUCAUCGUACUGUCCACUAUCGCUUUGUCUCUUAACACACUGCCAGAGCUUCAAGAAAUAGAUGAAUUUGGGCAGCCAAAUGACAACCCUCAGCUAGCACACGUUGAAGCUGUGUGYAUUGCUUGGUUUACCAUGGAGUAUCUUUUGCGUUUUCUGUCCUCACCAAAUAAGUGGAAGUUCUUCAAAGGCCCGUUAAAUGUCAUUGACUUGCUGGCUAUCUUGCCRUACUAYGUCACCAUCUUCCUCACAGAGUCCAACAAAAGUGUCCUGCAGUUCCAGAACGUCAGACGCGUGGUCCAGAUAUUUCGAAUUAUGAGGAUCCUAAGGAUUCUUAAGCUCGCCAGACAUUCGACAGGCCUUCAGUCUUUAGGCUUCACRCUCAGGCGGAGUUACAAUGAAUUGGGCUUGUUGAUAUUAUUUUUAGCCAUGGGAAUAAUGAUAUUUUCAAGUCUUGUAUUCUUUGCUGAAAAGGAUGAGGAUGCUACAAAAUUUACAAGUAUUCCUGCGUCAUUCUGGUGGGCAACGAUCACUAUGACUACUGUAGGAUAUGGUGACAUUUAUCCUAAGACCUUGUUAGGUAAAAUCGUUGGAGGACUUUGCUGUAUCGCUGGAGUGCUGGUCAUAGCCCUGCCCAUACCAAUCAUUGUGAACAAUUUCUCUGAGUUUUAUAAGGAGCAGAAAAGACAGGAGAAGGCAAUUAAGAGGAGAGAAGCACUUGAGCGAGCUAAGAGAAACGGCAGCAUWGUCUCCAUGAACCUGAAAGAUGCCUUUGCCCGCAGCAUGGAAAUGAUAGAUGUAGCAGUAGAUUCAGGAAAGCUCGGAGAACAAUUCAAUCCAAAGGAGACACCUGAUGACAGCCACCUGUCCCCAAGCCGGUGGAAAUGGGCCAGAAGGACGAUGUCUGAAACAAGCUCAAACAAAUCUUAUGAAAACAAGUACCAAGAAGUUAGUCAACAAGACUCCCACGAGCAAUUAAACAAUGCUGCUGCAUCCUCCAGCCCACAGCAUCUCAGUGCCCAAAAACUGGAGAUGCUGUAUAACGAAAUCACUAAAACUCAGUCUCAGCCUAAUCUUAACGCUGGUUACCAAGACCAGUCAGCAAAGCCACCCACGUAUGAAGAAGAAAUAGAAAUGGAAGAAGUUGUAGGGCAGAGAGAUCCGUUGCCAGCUGGGCCUGCAGACGUCAUAAUGGACAUGAGGAGCACAUCCAGUAUCGACAGCUUUGCCAGUUGUGCAACUGACUUCACMGAAACAGAGAGGUCUCCUCUCUCUCUGUUUCCUGGCUCUCACUUGCACAUGAGAUUUCCAACUGAUGCUGUUAAUCUGGAAGAAAACCAAAGAGCAAGAAGUUCUCAGUUUAUACCAUUUGCAAAAGACAGAGGAUUUUCUCCAACUGAUGUCACCUUUGACUAUAAUCCAAUCAACAGAGCUGGUAUCAGUGAYGGCAGUGGGUCCCAAACUGUUUCACAUGGCCAUUUUCAUUUUGACACUGCCAUGGAAAGCCCCAAAAGCUCCCUGAAAGGUAGCAACCCAUUAAAAUCUAGAUCACUUAAAGUUAAUUUUAAAGACAAUAGAGGUGGUGCUCCACAAACUCCACCGAGCACCGCAAGGCCACUGCCAGUGACAGCAGGAAUAGAUUUCAUGCAGGCCACCCCUCAGCACAUCAGCACYAUUCUCCUAGAAGAAAAUUCCCCCCAGGGUGAACGACCUGUGCUUGGUGCUGACGCAUCUGCACUUGGUCAGGGACCUCUUAAAAGAUCAUCCCCUCUCUUUCCCAAACAAAAGAUUUUCACUUUCCCUUCAAAAGAGAGGAGGAGCUUCACUGAAAUAGACACUGGAGAAGAAGAAGAGUUUAUGGAGCUACAUGGUAUGAAACAUGAGAAAAAACAGGAUAUCAAGACAAAUUGCUGUGGGGAUAAACACAGUGAUGGCAACAAUUUAACAGGGGAGGCACAGGUCAGCUCUUCACCCAAAAGCAUGAGCCACAACUGUACUCAAGACAUUUACCAUGCUGUGGGUGAGGUAAAGCCAGACAGUAACCAAGAAGCUCACAAAAUGGAAAACCAUUUAUUUGCUCCAGAAAUUCAUUCAAGUCCAGGAGAAACUGCUUAUUGUCCCACACGUGAAACUAGCAUGUGACUAGUUACAGAAGCAAUAAAAAUACUUUUUCUUAAAACACAGUUAGUAAUGCCUAUGAACUAAAACAUGGAAAGCCUCAACAAAAGUGCAUAAAAUGUUAUUUUUGCAUGGCAUGAAGAGUUGUUUAGUUUAAAUACUGUUUAAUUAAAAAAAAAAAAAAGACUGCUUUUUGUAACAAACAAAAAAAAACAGGAAAAAAAUGACUCAAGAACGGUGAAUACAAUAAAGAGAGCUCUGUUAGGAGCAAGUGUUCUGCAACAUCUGACAUUUUUGAUCCUUUCACUUAUGAUUAUAGACAGGUUUUGAACUCUUUUAACUUUUUUUUUCCUCAGUUACAAUGAAUUUUAGAAUUUGCACAUGAAAGGAUGAAAUGUCAAUGCAUGCACUCAUAAAGAUGUGAAACAAGGUGCUUUGAGCUUGCAAAAUGCAUAUAUUUGUAAAUAGUCCGGGGUUGGGGGGAAAGCUACUGUUAACAAGGAUUUAUGGAAAAAGCAUUUCCUGGGACACAGAUACUUCCUUCACAGCGUGCUGCCUGGAGGUUUUGUACAGACUUAUGUUGCAAAAUUGCAACUUCUACUUAAAGCAUCUCACGUAUCUUGCUUUCUGUUAAAAAGCUCAUGAGUAUAUCUGUUAAUUAAGGACUUCRGAAUUUUAGUUUAUCUGUGCUGUAAAUCAUGAUGGUUUUUUUUUAUUUGCAUAACUUCAGUUAUUGCAUUUGUCAGUUUAAUUAAUGAUCCUGUGAGGAAAAGCAAAGAUUUAAUGACCAGAACUUGAAGCAUUUGAUAUUUUUAUAGAAAACUGCCAACAUUUCAUAACUGAGAAAAAAAAGUUCCAUUUUCAAAUUUAAAAAAUCAUAGUUCUUUCUGUUGCAAUAAAUAGUGCCAAAUGGCUAUUCAGAUCUAUCCAAAAGUUUUCAACCUGUUAGAAUAUUACUUCGUAUUAAAAAAAUAUUUCCCACAUUCACAUUUUUCCUUUUACUUAAUGCUAUUUGCUUCUAUGUGAUUUUUGUUCUCUUACCUUUUGUUCUCCAUGCAGUGCUCAUUCGUCAGCAAUGGCAAUGUUGUUGAAGCUGUUGUGGUGAAAGGACGUAAGAGGCAAGGUUURUAGGGGAAAGUGGUACCUUCUGUUAUCAUAAAUCAUACAGCCAGAGAAAAAAAAAGGCUUCAAGUACAUGUGAUUUGCCUCAGGUCUUCCAUUGCCCAAAGCUUGUCUGUGUUUUUCAGUUCAAUUCUUUGGACUGACAGAAGGUAUCACUUGAUUCACCAACCUUGCCUCAACCCAUCCUUCCAUAGCUGUUCUGAAAUGGAGUMUAGGCUUUCCACUAUACUUAAAUAAAGGAAAAUAUCAUUCCACUGACAACUGCCAAAGCAGCUUUCAUUUCUCUGAUUUCUCCAGCUUUGUAAAAGAAAGAUGCUGAACCAAAGCUUUCAUUACAAACCACCCAUCUAACCACUGUCUCAAAAAAGCUAUUUUUUAUUUCAUCCAGCAUCCAUGGCAUCUUAUGCUAUAUACUUUUUUAAAGCUUAUAAAUUUCUAUAAUUCCCUAAAUCAUAAGAAGUUUUUUUCAAUUCAUGAACUCUAAUCAUAAGGAAAUAUAUGCAGUUACACAGGCACGUCCUACAAAAUAUUCCUUUUUUUUUUUUUAAGAGAGACUCAAAAGUACAUUAGACCAACCAAUGCAUGGUUUGGAACAGCAGGCUUCUACUUACCAUAGGGCACCUCUGUUAAUUUUACUCCUGUCUUUUCCUGUCAUUUAAAUAACAAGAUACCUAAUGCAUUUAGUGAAAAGGAACAAGCAUUAUUAUUGCAACAUUGCCCUUUGCUUGAAGUGGCUGAGCUGAUGCCACAGACCUCACUCAAGCCUGGCUCAUGGGAAAGAGACAAGUUUGAAGAGCCCCAAAUUAUUGAUCCUGGKAGCUAGGCCAAACAAUAACCAAAACACAAUCAUUUCAUUGUUUGGGGUUUUUUUUAAUAUUUUAAUUUUAUGUUUCCAUAAGUUUUAUUAUUUUUAUAACAAAAUAAUAUUGAGGUCUCUCUUCAGUCAUCUGAAUAACUGAGAAUAUAAUUUUUCAAACAAUGUCUGGUCAUUAAUUCUCAAAAUAAAAACUAUUUUUUUUGUCUUUAAUUGCAAUUCAUUUCAACUUGUUGCUGCAUUCAGUUUUGUGUAUUUAUAUGGUUAUCUGCGUAACACUUUUUGAUCAUGUUGUCUCUCACUGUCCCAAAACUUAGCUCUUUAAUAUUUUAUAGUCAUUAAUCUUCUACAUUUAUUUUUCAGUUUCUAGAUAUUUUCAGUGACUAAAACUAAAUGCCAGUCAAUUUUUAUAUGCCUGAAGUGUUGAUUUGUAUUUUCUAUGUGCAGUUUUAUGAAAUCACAUGGGCCUGUUCAAUCUGCCUUUACAUCCUAGUGAAYUAAUGAAGUCCAAAUUAAGACCAAAUGGGACCUGGUCCCAUUCUCUGGAUCCACAGAAAAUUCCCAUUUAAACAAAGAUGUUGUUCUGGCGAGACUGAGGUCUGUGUCAUGUUCCUUCUGUGUGCUUUUUCUCCCAGGUGACCCUCACRCUUUGGAAAACCCCCUUAGAUUUGUGCCACUUGAUGGGAAGAGAGGAGUCCAGCCAUAGGGAACAUAGUGCAGGAACAGAGAUUUGAUUCCUUAAGCUCUCCCAAGCUAAACUGUAUGCAAACCUGAUCCUGCCCUAUUAAAAUCACUAAAAACUCAAAWGGGAUAAAGUCAAGGCCUCAGUCCUUGUGCAGAUGAAUUUCCCCUGAAACCAAUGGGAGUCUGGUGGAAAAAGGGACUGACUGAAAUACAAAUGAGAAGGAUGAUGGUCUCCCUCUUGAUGAAAAUCAACAGGAGCWUUAACUAUACCAAUCAGAUGAAAGACCGGGCCCUUACUUGCUGCUGUAUUUUAAAUGUUUUCAGAGAAGCACAUUUAUUUUGAAAGCAAAAGAAAUGCAAUUUACUUUAUUAAYAGAUGCUUUAUUUUUUUGAAAUACUGGAAGGAAAAUGAUUAAGCUUUAGAAGUGCUUUUGGUAUAAUUUUGUUAUCUACUUUUGACUAUGCUGAAAACUGUUUCCAGAAGCACAGGUUAAGACAUGCUUUUCCAGUCUUGACUGCAUACACAGGAUCCACUUUUGAAUACCUACCUUSCAUGAUUCCUGAUUAAAACAUCUAYUUGAACAGUUGCAGGAGUGGAUCUAGCUUUCUAUCCAGCACAGAAUGUGCAAGAAGUGCAGGCCAGRAUUGCUUGAUUCAUCAUGAGCUGGUAUGCAGCAAAUUAUGCAAAAUUACGCAAGUAUAUUUUUCUGGUUUUCUAAAACUUUGAAGCCAUUUCGGAYUUAUUACCCAUUCGCCACAGUAAGGGGAGAAGGUGUCUGAGUUCUGAAGUCAGUCUCUAACGCCAGCUGUGCAAUUUCAAAGCAACUUAUGGAGUCUUAGGAAGAAGUGACUCCUUUCUGCAUGUGAAAAGGGUCUGACUCCUUGUAUUACUGGAAAAUGAAGAAUGUUCAGGGAGAUAGCUUUGCAAUUAAUCUAUUUUUUAUAUUUUUUACUAACUACAGAAUCCUGAAUCAAAGUUUUAAUUCCUUUUCAAUGAUGAAACCAAAUGCACAUAUUUAAAAAUGUUCACAGAGUAAUUAGAAGAGUUUUUGAGUAAGUCACAUUAAUCCAAAUCUGGGUGGGGAGGAGCAGGGGGGGAAUAAUAUAUCGCACAAACUGCAAAGGAAGUUCCUACAGGAAAGCUGUUUACAGGGGAAGUGUAUAAUGUAAAGAAUGUAACAUGGUGUAGGAAGUUUUUGCACUACCGAAUUUAUAUAAAAUACACUUUUUUAAAUGAAAACACAAAAGGCCUUUUAAUGCUACAUUGUAUAGAACAUAGAAGCCUCUGUGCUAAUGCAGCAAUCUAAUGCACUGUGUCCUCACUUCACAAUUGGUCUCAARAUUCAAACAUUAGUGAUGUUAGAGAGGUGAUACCUAAUGUAAUACUAGAGCAACGGACAGGAAGAGCCUUUUAGCACACUAUUAUGUAACCCAAAGUGUGUACAGACAGUUGKUUUUUGCCUAUAAUAUUUAUCAAUCAAAAGAACAGUUGGCUUUGGGAGCAUUUCCUAAUAGGUAAUACCGGGCAAUGUAUUCCUUGAAAAACAAUGAGGUUUUUUAAAAUAGACCUCUUCCUCUGCAUGUUAACUGAGCCUCUGUUUCCUUCAAGGUUUACCUUCAAGUUAUUUAAUUAGCUGCUUCAAMCUCAUCUGUGAACCCAAUUCAAUACAAAAGCCAGUUGUCUUUUUGAAACCCUGUUGUAAAUACAGUCAGACUGCUAAAAAUAUUCAGGGCUUAACUGACUGGCUUCUUCAUUCAAAUAAUUUUUGAAUCACUUGGAUAGAAAAUAAAUAUUUCGAUCAUGCAAACAUAUUUUAGAAGCAAAAAAAAUGCAAAAAAUAUGCCUUUUUUUUCAAAGUAUCGAGCACAGAUCGAGGAAGAAAUGCAAAUAGAACAAAGGGGAAAGAAGGGCAGAAGAAAACUGUAAGUAACCAAGGCAUGUUUUAGUGUGCUAUAUAAAAAGAAAUAURAUAAAACAUAUGUAAAAUAAUCCUUGUUCACACUAAAUGAGGUAAAAAUGCCAGUGGCAAAAGAUUUAAUUCCCUUCCUACUCCAUCAUCAUUUUUAAUGCAGAAACAACAGGUUCAGUGAAGCUAUUACCCACUCUCCUGCUACAUGAAYAUCUGAUCUGUAAUUGUUUUUCAGAAGACUUUCCUGAAAAAUAAGAUACCAUAUGUUGCUGUCUUUAUUGAUCUUUGGAUUUCUUCUCACUGYCCUCCAAAUAUCAAGCUUGUCUUUUUCUUGGGAGCAGUCAGAAGGCAACCCACCCAACAAGAUGACAAGUAUAUCUUGUUUGUCAGGGAAGUGCUCUAGUAGUGUGGUGCAAAUGGCCAGAUGAACUCUGCUGCAUUUGAACCAAGGAACAAGAACUGAGUGUCACUUCUUCCUGUUUUCUAGUUGCAAAGUGCUCUGAAUUCACCAGUGUCCCCAUGGUGUCCCCAUCCUCCCUGCAAGGGCUUUCAGUGUUCUUGCRAGAAGCUCUUUGAAAGCAGUUGACUCGUAAAUGCUAUUAAGAGACCCAUCGGUCUAAGUGUGAAUAUUUGUCUCUUGUCCAGUCUAGUUUUAAUAGUGGCACUCAGCUUAAACUCAGCUGAAAUUUUGUCUAAAACAGAUCAGAUGUUCUGGGAGCCAAACUCCUAACUCAUUUUGCCAGCAGGCAAAAAUGAGAGACAAAAUUUUGUUUGCGUUGUGGGAUGGUUUCUUGUUCAGUGAUCAUACACGGUGGAACAUCUGCAGGUAGGGUAAUGCACUUGUCUUUKUAUUUAUUUUGUUGCAGGUUCAAACAGUAUUUUUUUAAAAUGUUGAGUUAUGAUAUUUAGGAAGUAUUACCCUUUAGUGAAAUGGAGAUUUCUUCCAAAACAGCAGUGAUACUUUAGAGCCCUCUGUUAUUAUUGAUUGCUAUUUAAUUUUCUUUUACAACACUUAACACAGAUCCCGAUGAAUACCACUGUGGAACAAGGAAGUAACAUACAAAUAUUACUGCUCUCUUUAUGUAAAAGUAGGUAAAACCCAUGGUAUUAGAUAAUAUUUAAUCUAURAAAAGAUAAGGCUAUUGUAAUUAUACCUAUCAACCAAGCAGAACCUGUCAUUAUCUUAGACAUUGACUCUAGUCCUGUGAUCAGCAUAAACCAUGAAUCUAUGAGCAGUCUGUGUAAUUAAUUUCAUUGAUUUUUAAUGGUAAUUUAAGGGUAAUUCUUUAAUUCAAAUGAGUAUUUAAAUAUAUAUUUGGCAUCAGCAGAAGUAAUGUUCACUUGUGAAACUGGAAGUCUGUGGCUAUGUUUACAGUGGCAUCUUAGAGGAAAUCAGGAGAGCUCUCUUGACAUGAAUCUCUCAACUAUCCCCACUGCUCAUGCUUUGGUUCACACCACUGAGCAAUCCUGCACUAUGCAAAUUGGACUACUUUUAGAUGAAGCUGAAGCAGAAAACUUCUUCCAUGAGGGCACCAGUUGUGCUGCAGCCAGGGCACAGCAUUCAGGCCCUGGUACAAGAUGAGAGAUAGCCCAAAAUUGUACCCCAAUACACCUAGUGUAAAUUGUCAGCACAAACAAAUUGUUUUCCUCAACAAAUCUGCUUGUAUUGUACAACUUGCCAAUGUAGACAUAGGUUUCUACCAUGGCUACUGUCUUCAGUCCAUGUAGUCUUGGCUAAAUCCCUUACUCAAAAAAAUUUUGCCAUUUCAUCAGUGGUAUUGCAUAAAAAAAGCAAUAUGUAGCCAAAGAUUAAAUUGGUCCCAGUGCAUUCCCCAAGAUAAUCCACAUGACAUUUAAAUAAUAAAUUCUCGAUAACCUUUGGAUAGUUGCAUUUUGCAGUAUGGACCAAACUAUACAUUGCACAUUUCUGCAGUCAAUUUACUGUAAAGUUGAUGCACAUGUGAUGAAGACAGUACAGACAGCACUAGACUGACUCACUCYAAAAUCUGUGGAAUGAUUAAACAGAUUGCAGGUAGCUUAACAGUAACUCUUACUUUAUCAUGGUGUGAAUAAAAGCAGAUUGCUGUGCAGUCAUGGAGGAUCAGAAGCCCAGCCUGAGUAUUUUGUGCUGAUCUUCCCUGUCUAGAUAUCUUCCUAUUUGGACCACCAGCUGAAAUUGAUUUAAAUGGAAGAACUAGUAGGGUUUUGAUUGUGUGCUUAGUUGCUCUGAUGUCUGGGACAUACCUUGUACAAUAACAUAAGGAACAAAGCCUGUUCCUUUAUCUCACUUCUYUUAGCGAUUUCAAGGUGGAGGACAUAAGGCUUAAAGUGAUAUUUUUGCUCUAAAUUUUGCUCAGAUAGCAUCUCUCUGCAGAGGUUCAGAAUACAAAACACUUACGCCCGUUCUUGAAGUCCUUAAGCAGAACACAGUGAGAAUUCUGAAGCCCAUUUAACACUGAAGGAUGGAGCAAUACAUGAUAGCGUUAGGCAAAAGGAACAGUUCAUAACACAUUACAAAAUACAUUAAAAAAAUUAAAGAAACCUACUGUUGGGGACAAUCAAGGGUAAUUCUGCUAGGAUGCAGAAUUCUGGAUUUAUAUCUCCAAAUUUUGAGAGUUCUGCAGAGUUUUACCUGUACAACUCUUUCAAAAAUCAAAGGAGCCAUGCUGAUAAACUGAAACAUGGAGGAAUUAGUGUACAAAGAAGCUGAGCAUUGAAUACAUAACCUAUUGCUUUAAGAUCACUGUAAAUAUCAAAUUAAAUGUGUACUAAUCCAUGUUUAUAUGUUAUUACUGUGUUAGUUUCAUAGAUACAGUAGCAUGACUAUUAUUAGUUUUAUGGAGUUUAAUGAACUUUGUAUUCCUCUGUGAAUGCUCUGAAUGCUGCAAACAAAAAAGCACAACAGUAUUUUUUCAAGUUCUCUUGGGGCGAUAGCAAUGUCACUAUUGUUCAGUUUUACAGAUUUAGCAACAUUUCAUCAUACAUUGCUCUAUUAAUAACGUAUCUUUCUUUAAAAGUACUGUCACUAGGAGAUAAAAGCAUAUGUGAUAAGUCUUGUCUAAUCUCAUUCAUCUGCCUUUACAAAAUGCCCCAGACAUUUUGUGGGAGAAUAUGCUGCUUUUGCUUCAUGCAUUGUUUGUAUUUGGGGGUGGGGCAAGGGAAUAAUAGGGCAUUUUGCAAUGGUAAUUUCAUCAAACAUGUUUUUUUCAUUAUUAUUGUAUUUGUUAGAAACAUUUUGAUUUAGUUUCUUUCUGUAGAUAGAAAUUUGACAAUAGCUUUUUUUUCAACUAACCAUUUGAUUUCAUUAGACUAACAACUUCUCACAUUUAGURGUAUUCGUAUCAAUGUCUCCAUAUCAGCUGCAUUUUAACUUCAUAAAAAAGGAAAUGUGAUUAUUAUUUUUGUCAUACUAGAUUUUGCUGAUCAACUAAGUACUUCUGCACCAAUCUACAUAUUAAUAUGCAUGUUGUAGUCUGUACAAUUGUUCAACAUCAAAAUAUCUGUUUAAUUUAUGUCAAAUGUCUGUAAAAUAAAUGCAUUGUUCUCCAUUUCAGUCUGAUAGAAUAAGCAGGAUAGUAAAUAAAUGUGUAAAUGAAUCAUCUGUGUCUCAUUUCAGUUCUAUUCAUGAAAUCGCUUAACAUUGAACAUUGCAUAUAUAU